UUUCUUUUUCUUUUUCUACAUGAAGAGGACGACGUGCAACACUCCUCUCAGCCUGUUGCUUUCUUCAACUAAACAAACAGUUGGAACAGACUGUGAGCCUUGAAUCUCGACUAGUGAAGUUGCAGGCUUUUGACUGAAUCACACGGUCUGAGCUCUGCUGAGGCGGCGGAGGGCCUCCGCUCUGAGCUGCGUGAUGGAUGUUUAUAUCUGAGCCAUGAAGCCAAAGCCCACCCAGAGGAGGGGGCUCCUCAGGGGCCAUCUGUGGGUCGUAUAAAAGAACUUCCCUGCGGCGGGAGAGCUUUCAGUAAGAGUGAAGCACCGAAGAACGAUAAGGAGAGAAUGGCGUCUUUAGGGCUGCAGAUCCUGGGCGUGGGGCUGGCGGUGCUCGGCUGGAUUGGAACCAUCCUGAUCUGCAUGCUGCCCCUGUGGAAAGUCUCUGCUUUCAUUGGGAACAACAUCGUGGUGGCUCAGGCCAUCUGGGAGGGCCUGUGGAUGAGCUGCGUGGUGCAGAGCACCGGCCAGAUGCAGUGCAAGAUGCACGACUCGCUGCUGGGGCUGCCCCCGGACCUGCAGGCCGCCCGCGCCAUGGUGGUCAUCUCCAUCCUCUUCUCCCUGUUCGGCCUGCUGCUGUCUGUCGUCGGAGCGAAGUGCACCACCUGCGUCGGGGACAAGGCGACCAAAGCCAGAGUGGCCAUCUCUGGGGGGGUCUUCUUCUUGCUGAGUGGAGCUCUGUGUCUGGUGACCGUGUCUCUGCCUGCCAACACCAUCAUAAAGGACUUCUACAACCCCCUGGUGCCGGACGCCCAGAGGAGGGAGCUGGGAGCGUGUUUGUACGUGGGCUGGGGAGCGUCUGGACUGCUGCUGAUCGGAGGCGCUCUGCUCUGCUGCCAGUGCCCGUCAAGAGAAGGUCGAUAUAACGGAGCAAAGUACUCUGCACCCAAAUCCACAACGCCGGGGAAGGAGUUCGUCUGAGCGUUUGAACAUGUGACUUUACAUACAGAACAGACCUGAUGAGUAUCAGGUGUGAUUUGAAUAAUUGUCUAACUUCACUGGUUGUUUGACUAACACGCUGGCCUUUUGUUUCCAGCAGACUGUGUCCUGUUACAAUAAAGCAAGUUAGGAUCGAAGCGUUUAUUUUUUUACAUUGUUCUGUGAUAUAAUUUCAACACUAAUUCAGUCUCAGAAUCAUGUAUUUGUUUUCAUUCAGACAAUAAAGUGAUUUUUGUUCAACUUCAUCGGGUGGAAAAUAAAGUUCUGUGUUUAAGUAA